AUGAAAUAUAAGGAUGUUUCAGACAUUGACAAGAUAUUGAAGGAUGUCUCGAUAUUUUUAAAAGGGCAUGUGCCUUUUGAGGGCCUUUUCACGGUUAACAGGGAAAUGUACUAUAAGUUAGUUGCAUUUCUGAAGAUUUAUACUCUUUGGGAGUUUAUUAAAGUGAAUAAAGCCGACGCCUUCAUCAGCGAGGAUUCGAAUACUGAGCAUUCUAUUUCAUAUUCUAGUAGCAUUGAUAACAGACUGAUGAGCGAAGAAGAAAAAAUGAACCAAAUGGCAGCAUAUACCGAAAAAUGUGAAGAGGAGAUGGAGAGCCUUAAUGAUUUCAUUUCAAAGGAUGAGCUUAAUGAGAUUUCAGAACAGUAUCUUCUUAAGGCUCUUAAUCUAAAGGUUUUUGAAAUACAAGAGGAUAAUCAAACUGUUAGUGAGACACCAGACAACACUAAUGAGGAGGCAGACCAACGCAGAAAGUUGACAAUUCUAAAAAGACAAGAAGGUGAAGUGACUUACUUUUCAAAGGUGCUUGUGGAAGAGUAG